AUGGCAUCCAUGCCUUCUUCUAUGUCACCACCAAUAUACAAUGGUGAGAAUUAUCACAUAUGGGCAGUAAAAAUGAAAGCAUUCUUGAGAGGUUUAGGAUUGUGGCAGUAUGUUGAGGAGGAGAAACAACCUUUUCCUUUGGGGCCAAAUCCAACUUUGAACCAAAUUAUAAUGCAUGAAGAAGAGAUGACCAAGAGUCCUAUAACCUUGUCUAUGAUCCAUCAAGCAGUAACUGAUGCUGUUUUCACAAAAAUUGUUUCAUGUGAAACAGCCAAAGAAGCUUGGGACAGGUUGAAGGAAGACUCCUUAGGAAAUGAGAGGUCAAGACAAAUGAAUGUCUUGAACCUAAGGAGAGAGUUUGAAGUGCUGAAGAUGAAGGAAGCUGAAACUGUUAAAGAAUAUGCUGACCGAGUGCUCAAAGUGGUGAAUCAAAUCAGGCUAAUGGGAGAGACCCUUUCUAAUCAAAGGGUUGUGGAAAAAAUACUUGUCACUGUUCCAGAGAGAUAUGAAGCUAAGAUCUCUUCACUGGAAGACUCCAAAGACUUCUCUGAACUCACCUUAUCUGAGGUGUUGAAUGCCUUGAAAGCUCAAGACCAAAGAAGGGCAUUAAGGCAGGAAGAUUCAACUGAGCAAGCCUUGAGUAUGAGAGUUCAAGAUAAAAACUGGACUGAUUAUGGCAGCAAGAAACAAUUUUUUGGCUGA